GUGCCGACUGAAGUGUCAAAUAGCCGCAAACCUCGUGUUGAACAAACAUCGUGCACGUUUUUAAUGUACCUUUAACUUAGUUCAUCCACUCACCGUGUUUGCCUUGUGAAUUUUUAGACUUCCGUAACAAUUUAGAGGAUGGGCCGUAAAGUAAAUCUCGAGAGGCCAAAGAAAGGGCCGGGCCGAAAAGCCCGCAAACAAGCAGAACCGGUGUUCCAGUUCAGCAAGGAGGAAAGUGAGGAGAACAAGAAACUGUCUCGCCAUCAAAAACAACGGCUCAAGAAGCGCGAGAUUACAAAACAAAAGCUGAAAGAGGAGCAAAAGAAGAAGAAAUCGGUACAGAAAGCGACGAAAGCUGUCGUCAACAAUACGUUCGAUCCGGCCGAAAUAUUCAACGUAGAGAAAAGCCGUCAGAAGUAUCAACAGCUAGGUCAGAAGGGCAAACCCCAGUCCGUCGCGUCCAAUGGCCAUCAGAAUGGAGGUGAGAAGGGCCGCAACCUGUUCGAUAGUGACAACGAAAUGGACGAAGAUGAGCGACCGGUAGUGAAAGGUAAAGUACCGGUAAAGAAAAGCCAGAUGAAAAAGUUUCUGCAACAAGCUGAAUCUGACGAGGAGAGCGAUUCGGACGAGGACGAGGAGGAUGUAGACAGCGAUGUGGAAGAGGAGGAGGAUGGGGAGGAUGCAGAGAGCGUCGAUGGCGAAGAAGAUGAUUAUGAGGAUAAAGAGGAGCUGGGUGAGGAAGAGGAAGAUGGCGAGGAGGACGACGGCGACGAGAGUGACGAGGACGAGGACGAGGACGAGGACGAUGAGGAAAUGGAGGAAGAUGAUGAUAUGCUUCCGAUCGAAGCGGCGAACAAGAAGCUUAAGAAACGGAUGGCCCAGGAACAGAAGGAAGCUGAUGAGGAAAUGGCAGAAGCUGCUGUGAAUCGCGAACGCUUUGUGUUCCCAACUGAUGAAGAGCUUGCCCAAACGACCAACCUUCAGGAUGUGCACAUUCGCAUCAAAGAUGUGAUCGGAGUGCUGUCCGAUUUCUCGGCGAACCGCGAUCCAGAACGCUCUCGCUGCGAGUACAUCGACCUUUUGCGCAAGGAUCUGUGCUUGUACUACUCUUACAACGAUUAUUUCAUGGGCUUGCUCAUGGACAUCUUUUCACCCAACGAGCUGCUCGAGUUUCUCGAAGCGUCGGAAUUACAGCGCCCCGUCACAAUCCGUACAAACAGCCUGAAGACUCGUCGCCGUGAUUUGGCGCAAUCGCUGAUCAAUCGUGGCAUCAAUCUUGACCCCAUCGGAAAGUGGUCGAAGGAAGGUCUGGUCGUGUACUCGUCACAGGUUCCGCUGGGCGCUACGCCAGAGUAUCUCGCCGGACACUACAUGCUGCAGGGCGGCUCCAGCCUGCUGCCCGUGAUGGCACUAGCUCCGGAAGAAAACGAACGCAUACUGGAUAUGUGUGCUGCGCCGGGUGGCAAAAGUUCCCACAUUGCCGCAUUGAUGAAGAACACGGGCUGUCUGUUCGUGAACGAUGCGAACAAGGAGCGUUUACAGGCGGUGCUGGGAAACUUCCAUCGUCUGGGCAUACAGAACGCGAUCAUCACGUGCGUGGACGGUAUCAAGUACGCCGACAUCAUGAAGGGUUUCGACCGCGUUCUGCUUGAUGCGCCCUGCACCGGGUCCGGCGUCAUAUCGAAGGAUCCGAGCGUGAAAGCGACCAAAACCGACAUUGACGUGCAACGGUGCUACAAUCUGCAGCGACGUCUGCUGCUCACCGCAAUCGACUGUCUGUCGUCCACCUCGUCCACCGGUGGGUAUUUGGUUUACUCGACCUGUUCCAUCCUACCGCAGGAAAACGAAUGGGUUAUCGAUUUUGCGCUGAAAAGACGCAACGUGCGCCUCGUGCCGACCGGGCUCGAUUUCGGUGUCGAGGGUAUGACGCGCUACGGUGCCCACCGGUUUCAUCCGAUGAUGAAGCUGACCCGCCGAUUCUACCCCCACACGCACAACCUGGACGGAUUCUUCGUGGCGAAGCUGCAGAAAUUCUCCGAUGCCAUUCCCAAGAGCGUGUCUGGCGAACCGGUGGAGGACGAGGUGCAGGACGAGCAGGAAGAGGAAAUGAAACUCCCGAAAAAGAUUGACAAGCGCGACUGGUACUACAAGGACAUUCUCGAGGAGCGUAAGGCACAGCGGGAGGAUACGAACCAUGUCGUGAAAGUGUUCCAGAAGCCAACCAACGUCAAGAAGGGAACUAAAAAGAGCAAACCACCACAAACGGAUGCAUCAAGCGCGAAAGCGGAGGAUACACCUGUAAGUGGCGAUUCGAAACAGCAGCCUUCGGUGAACGGCGGCAAGCAACAGCGACCAGUGCCGGCGAAGAAGACGGAGGUCCGAGAAGCGGAGGAAGCGAUACGUUUGAAAAAGAAACUACAGCAAGCGCAAGGACAGAACGGGAAAAAGUUUGGUCCGGGACAAAGUAAAACCAACGGCACGAAGAAGGUGGCGGCCGGUGGAGUUCAACAGGGCGGAUUAAAGAAGAAGGUGGGGAAGGUAAGAAAGGGAAAGUAAGCAGCAAAAAAAUGUAUCUAACAAAUAAUUAGAUUAUAUUACUACUUGGUUUAUCAUCCGGUGUAUUCCUUUUUGGUAGGAAUAAAAUAAAAGUAAUACCUUCAACAACCGA